CGUCACGAUUCCGCAUGUGCCUGCUCGGUUUGCUGCUGCUGACAGGAAACAUGGCGCUCGAGGAACCGAACGGAGAUUUUCCGUAUUUACCUUCAGGGGUGGCAGAGGUAAACAAAAUGAUAAAGGAGAAUGGUGAACUGUUUUCUGAUGCUGUGUGCAAAGUCUGCAGUGCUGUCCUGAAUUCUGACUCCCAGAAACUUGCACAUUAUCAGAGCAAAAAGCAUGCCAACAAAGUGAGACGCUAUAUGAGCAUCCACAACGAAGAGGAGCCUGCCAUCAAAAGAUUCAAGUCACCUUCCGGAGACAGUGCUGGUAGCAAUGGAGAGACGGACCGCUCCAAAGCCUGUCACAUAUGUAACAUGACAUUCUCUUCUCCGGUGGUGGCUGAGUCCCACUACCAGGGCAAGGUGCAUACAAAGAACCUGAGACUAAAGACCUUUGGACAUCAGCCCCCAGCACCAGCCCAAACCGUGGCCCCAACGAUGAAGAAGAAAGACGCCCAGUCCGAGGAGACGGGCAGUGUGUCUGACGACCAGGACCGGUUCUGUUCCAUAUGCCACGCCUCCUUUAACAACCCCCUCAUGGCCAAGCAGCACUAUGUUGGGAAGAAGCAUAAAAAACAGCUGACUCAGCAGAAGUUGAUGGAAACCUACGGGCCAUCCACGGCACCAGCUUCCACAGUAAAGGGCUAUCCAUGCACUGUGUGCAACAUCGAACUGAACUCUGUGGAACAGUAUCAAGCUCACAUCAGCGGCUCCAAACAUAAGAACCAUGUCAGAGGGAAGAAAGGAAGCAACCCAGCAUUCGUCAGCCCAUCUGAAAACCAGUACCCGGCAGAAAACCAGCAGUCCGAGUUCCAGUAUACGCCUGAAGCCCAACCAGUAAGGGAGGACUGGGAGGAUUUCAACCAGGACUAUGAGUGAAGAGACUCCCAAUACUCCCUGUAUCUCUCUUACAACCACAGCUCACAAACUAAUGGUGUCCCUUCCUUAGGGCCAGGAGGAUAUCCCCGUCACAUUACCUAACUAGGUAAAAUUCUGUGUCCAUGUUACAAUAUUGGCUAUAAUGAUGAGCCGGAGUUAACUUGGACCCAGCGUUUUCCCUGUUAUGUUCACAUCAGGAAAAACCCCAUGGACAGAAAGCAGCCUUUCUGUAUCCUUCCUGCUUCUGUUUCAAUAGUGUUGUUGUAUCUGCCUUUCUGGAGGAAUCCCAUCUAUUUACUCCAGCUUUACAUGAUUCUGCCUGUUAUCAGAAAGACAGUCAGUCUAUCUAAUCCAAGGCUAUAUCCCAGUACAUGUUGGUUGUGUUUUCAGUUGGUCAGACCAGAGAGGACUAGCAACAUCCUGGACAUAUUAUCUCUUCUGUUCAGUUCAAAAUUGUAAAAUAUUUCAGACUUGAUACAGUACACAAUAUGACUGGACAGAUAUUUCCUGGAAAUUCUUGUCACUGACUUGGUGGAUUUGCAACAGUGUUCUGAUUUAACAGGAAAUACAUUUGUUUUUAUUUAGCCAACUCAUUCCUUUUUGACCGGUCUCUGUUUUUACAUAACUUGUUGUUCACUUUGAUUGGCUGAAAGGAAAAAUUCCCCUGCAUUUCUGCCCCAUGAGGAUACUCCCAGGCUGGCCUAGCAAUGUUCUUCUGUGAGAUAUUGCUCGAUGGCAAGGUGGUAUAUUUUCUUUUACCAUUUUAAUUUAAAGCAAUUCCCAGAAUGGAUUUCAUAUUCAGAGGGACUACAUUGGUCCUUCUUAAGUACUGGUUGUAUCUAUUUUACUGUUAGCAACAGGGUGGGAGUUCUUUUUGCAUGGCCCGGCAUGCUGCUUAAGCAGCGUUUGCAAAUUUGAGACAUUCCAUUGGUCUGUAAUUAACCACCCACCCUGGAGUCUGGGCUAUGCAAAAUUAAUUGGCCCUUGGAGAGUGACUUGCGCUGCAUUUAAGCAAACUAUAAAAAUGUGGCUGCCUCUGUAACACAGCUCUAAAAGUCAAAACCAUAGAAUAUGCAUUACAUUUUCUGUACCUGCCAACCACUGUGUUUGUGAGGACCUUUUACUUUGUCUAUUGUUAAUAAAUGACUGCCAUGACUCCGUUUUUCAACAGUUGCAUAAUCUGAUUUCAGCUAUUGGAAGUGAUAAAAUGUUUAAAUGGAACAGGCGUCCCUGUUGAAAUGACACGCCCAUUCUGUUCACUCCAUUUCUGUGAAUCAUUGAGUGAGUCACCUACUGUAACUCACUUUUCAUUGAUUCAUUUAAUGUUUAUCCAUUUCAUCAAAUCUGAUUGCUGAUAUCCGAUCAAAUAAUUAUUGAAAAACUGUAUACAGAGGAUAAAUACAAUGUAUACCCAUUUUAUUAUAUGUUUGGUUUACAGUGCUGUCAAACCAACUAUACUUUGCAAUGAAGAUGUCAUAUUCUAACUGCUCUUUAUUAGGGAUGUGCUGUAAGUUCCAGAGCUUAGAUAGCUUUGUCAUUUUGUUGUUUUUAUUCCUGUUUGUUUUUCUGUGUUUGUUUGUUUAGUCACACAGGAAAAGUAAAUGAAGCAGCCUUCUUACUAUGUGAAAUACGCCUUUACUAGACAUCUGCUGUGGUAAGUCAUAGUUGUAGAAGUCAUGCAAUGCUGUUUUACUCCAUACUUGUCCAUCUUCUGUUAGGGGCAUGAAAGAUGUUGAGAAUGUUGGUAGUUAAUGUCUGAGAAUGACAUUUGAAUGGACUUAGUCAGAUUGUUUCUGUGUUGAAACUAAAGUAAGCUAUUUUGAAAGCUGCUUGUUUUGUGUAGUUAGUGCUGAUACUUAAAAAUGUUUUUGUAGCAUUUAAGGAAAAUACAUUUUCUUGAACAUGCUUCAUAGACUGCCUGUGUCAGAUCAUAUGAGGUACUGAAUGUGCAGAAACUUUGCUGCGGUCCCCAGUGCGUUAGUUACUUACAGACCAGGGAUCCUGAAUUGGUACUUUUAAUUUCCGUUUCUAAUGGAAGUCAUGUAUAGAUCUGUGAAAGCAUAAACCCAUCCUAUCACCAGGAUUUCACUUUUCAGAAGUUAAUUUUGGUUAUGUAAUUUUUUGUUGUUGUCAUGAGUUGUUUUAUCCGAUUAUGAAGUUGGAUAUUGUAAUAUUGAAUGUCACGCAGCUUUGGCUGAAGAAACGCAUCGCAUUGGUUUUGGAUGUGAAUUAGAAGAGGGCUUCUAAAUAUGUUGUGUAACUAGCAAAAACAAUGGCCUUUUAUUUUAGAGCUCAUUGUUGUAUUAGUUAUUGAUGUCAGUUCAAAUUUAUUUUCAAUACAAACUGUAUGCAUAAGGAAGUGCUAGAAAAAAUAUGUAUCUAGUAUAAAAAAGUUUCAAGAACCGUA